CACCCCGCCUGUCUGCUCUUCAGUUACAGUAUGGCGGCCGGGACUUGCGGAGGACAACUUCUAGAUUUUCUCCAGAAAACUGUCGGAAGGCGAUCGAUAUAAGUCAAAACCACCACAGGCAACGUUACCUGGACUGCGACGGACGACGACAGCGCAACCUGUGGUCUUUGCCGAGGGUUUUCUUGGAGGAUAAUCGGGCUGGUGUGACGCGUGAGGAGCCGCAGUCCAGAAACUCCCCUGAUUUUCUACCCUGUCAGUUAGUUAGCCGGCUAGUUAGCUCACCUUACCAUUAGCUAACGAUCAAAUCGGGGCUUCUUUACAGCAAAAAACGGGGUAACUAGCACGUUUAUUAACCUCAGGACACAGGGAUGGCAUUUCCCCUCCAGUCUGUCAGUGAAUUGGCACAGAAGGGCAGGAAGAAAUCAUUCGCGGACAUGAAUGAUAAGUUUGUCAGCACUCGUUAGCCUAGCCUAGCUUAGCCUAGCUUAGCCUGCUGGUCCAACGCCAACAAACAGAGGCAACUAGCCACCGCGCUCAGUUAGCAUUUUAGUUACACCAGCAGACUUUUAAUCCCGGGCCUGAGUGUUAGGAAGCCACCGUGCCUCUUAAUCCAGACUGAAAGCAGAGACUGGAGUGCUUUAGUCGGCAAAACCGUCACUUCUCAGGGGCGUUUAGUCUUGCUAGGUGUCAACGUAAAGGUGUUCUCCAGAGGGAGUGGUAACGUUAGCGAAUAUUUCCCUGUAUCAGGGCUGGAAGGUCAUGUAAUUAUGACAUUAUUUAAGUGAAUGACACAUUUAGAAAGUCUUUGUGAACCAACUGUCGUGCUGCACAUAGAUUUGUGUUAGCCUGCCGCAAGAAAGCGCGCUAUAAUCUAAUCUCAACUGCAGCCGGUAAGCAUUGCAUUUCUCUUUCUCCUGGCUCGAUAGCUGAUAAUUGAUUAUUGGUGAGGAUAAAGUUGAGUGUGUGCGGGCUGUGAGGCCCUUGCGUCAGUGCUGGCUCAGUUUGAUGGACGUGGGAGGCUGUCAGUGCUAUACUCAGUCAUGUAUGUCUUGACACAUGGCACCCUGGUCUGUACAUAGUGCCUGGCUGCUGUGGGUUUAAGUGUCGUUAUGUAGCUUUGGUAGACUGUCAAGUCACUGAAGGAAAUGUCGUGUCUUUUAUAUCUUUGACUUUUUUUUUUUUUUUUUUUUAACACACAGGAGGGUUGUGUACUGUGAACAAUGUUUUUUAGUUAGUGCCUAAAGGCUUAGAGGACACACGACCCUGCCUACAUACAGGCCACACAUACUGCACAUUAUUUUUUUGGAAUUGAAACAGGAGCCUGCCAUUCUGGAUCAAGAAAACUUAUCCCUCGUGUCCGGUUGGAGUAAUACUCUCAAGCCAAAAUCAAUGCCUUCAGCGCUGGCCGUCUUCGCCUGCCGACCAAACUCACACCCAUUCCAGGAGCGGCAUGUGUACCUGGACGAGCCGGUCAAGAUCGGCAGGUCGGUGGCCCGGUGCCGUCCGGCCCAGAACAACGCCACUUUCGAUUGCAAGGUUCUGUCCAGGAAUCACGCCCUAGUUUGGUUCGACCACAAGACCGGCAAGUUCUACCUGCAGGACACUAAAAGUAGCAAUGGAACGUUCAUCAACAGCCAGCGGCUGAGUCGUGGCUCAGAGGAAAGCCCACCCUGUGAGGUCCUCUCUGGAGACAUCAUUCAGUUUGGAGUUGAUGUCACUGAAAACACACGCAAAGUUACACAUGGCUGCAUUGUUUCAACAAUCAAACUCUUCCUACCUGAUGGAAUGGAGGCACGCAGACGAAGCGAUGUCAUCCAGGCUCCAUUACCACUACCUGUAGACAAGGUUGCAGCCAACACUCCCAGUAUGUACUCUCAGGAACUGUUCCAGCUCUCCCAGUAUUUACAGGAGGCCUUACACAGAGAGCAGAUGUUGGAGCAGAAGCUGGCCACUUUGCAGCGUCUGUUGGCCACCACACAGGAGGCCUCGGAGAGCAGUUGGCAGGCUCUGAUUGAUGAGGAUCGACUGUUGUCCAGGCUGGAGGUGAUGGGCAGUCAGCUUCAGGCUUACUCUAAGUCCCAGACAGAGGAUGGGAUCCGGAAGGAACUCCUGGCUCUUCAGGAGGACAAACACAACUAUGAGACAACAGCCAAGGAGUCUCUGAGGAGAGUCUUACAGGAGAAGAUUGAGGUGGUCCGAAAGCUGUCAGAGGUUGAGCGCUCCCUCAGUAAUACAGAAGACGAGUGCACACACCUGAAGGAGAUGUCUGAGAGGAGUCAGGAAGAGCUGAGAGAACUGGCUAAUAAAUACAAUGCUGCCGUCAACGAGAUCAAAGAGCUCACGGACAAGAUCAAGCUGGCGGAGGGUCGACAAGAGGAGCUGACCCAGCGAGGAGUGACAGAGAAGAGGGAGUUAGAGCUGCGGAUCGAGGAGAUGGAGGAGAAGGAGCAGGUUCUACAGGCUCGCAUCGAAGCUCUGCAGGCUGACAACGACUUCACCAAUGAGAGGCUUGCUGCCCUGCAGGUGCGGUUAGAACAACUGCAGGAGAAAAGCAUUAAAGAAAACAACAGUCUGGAUGUGGACAUUGUCCCCCAUGGACCUGUAGAGGAGCCUGUGGAGGACAAACAGAGCCAGCAGAUGCCUGAGACUGAGGAGGAAGACGAGGACGAUGAUACAGACACUGAUGAUGGUGCAGCUGGGAAAGAGGCAGACAGUGAUGACAACUGUCAUGUUAACAGUGGAGGGGACUCGACUAGAAUCCAACAGUUGAUUGAAUGUUCGCCCGUCAAACAGCUGAAGGAAACUGUUAGUUCUUCAAUUCACAAACUGGCCAACUUUGAUGAAGUGAUGGAUGCUCACCUGCAGAACAACCAGACAGCGGAAGAUGACAUCCUGGCCAGCCCCAACCAACUCAAAGGGAAUCAGAUGGAUGCCAAAGAGUCCGACAUGUCAGACACUCUGAGUCCGAGCAAAGAUCGCAGCAGUGAUGACACAUCAGAUGGAAACAUGGAUGAUCAGGACCUGAAUGAACCACAGAACAGACUAGCUCUUCUCAAAGCGGAGCUGCAUCGGGCCGGUCUAGAACCAGGAGAUACGGAGCAGGUCAUCCAUCAUCUCCACAGAGAGCUUCUGCUGGCCCAGGAAUUAGCCAACACCGGCAAGCAGAAAUGUCUGGAGUUACAAGCUCUGUUGGAGGAAGAGCGGAGAAGUAACUCUCAACUGACGGAGGAGUCGACCAAACAGAUCCAGUACCUGCAGACUCAGCUUGGAAAGCUGCAGGCCGACAUGGAGGCUCUGAGGGAGCAGAGGGAGAGCACCAUCUGUAGCACGAGAGAGGAGCUUUACUCCGCCCAGGAGGAGAUUCUCGUCCUUCGACAUGCCAUGGAGGCAGCCACGGCAGAGCGGGAGCGUGAGAUUGCUGCCCUGCAGGCUGACCUGCGCAGUGUCCGCACCGAACUUGAGCACUGGAGGAACACAGCUGCCAAAUAUGAGGAGGAAAUCAAGCGGCUACAGGAGGCCUUCACACAACAGCAGCAACAGCAGAGCAGCACCACCCAGCUGCAGGCGGAGUGUGUUGUACUCCAGCAGCGGUGUGUGUGUUUGCAGCAGGACUGUGACAGUCUGAGAGCUGAACGCAAAUCUCUGAUGGACAAACUGCACCGUCUGGAGGCAGAACUGAGCAGCACCAGGGAGCAGAGUCUGGUCCUCAGCAGCAGUCUGGAAUCUCUGGAGAAGAGGGAGGAGGUUCUACAGGACAAACUGGGUUCGCUGGAGAACCAACACCUUCAGGAUGCAAGCAGGCUGAAAAGCCAGCUGGAUCAGGCCCAGGCCCGCACACACACACUGCAGAGAGAGUAUGAAGACACACAGUCUCAGCUGCUGGAUCUCCGUCAGCGUUAUGAGAGAACAGAGAAGGAGAAGCUGAACAUCCACCAGGAGCUGGAGCAGUGUAGAAGCAGUCUGAAACUACUGCAGGACAAGACCAGCUCUAGCGGCUGGAGCCCCUGGAUGCCGGUCGUCGCUGUGAUGGUUGCCGUGAUGGCCGCGGUCCUCUACCCCAACCUCACCAAGAGCACCUCCACCUGAAACACACUCACCCUCAUACAUACACGCACACAUACACAAACACUCUCCAACACACACACCAGGCUGUGAGAAGUCACUGCUUUACCUGUAAAAAGUCUAAUUGUACAUAAUUGUAGAGGGAAUAUAAAGGUUGUGGUUUCUACACAGGAUUCAGAUUCUUCACUUAUUUUUCUUUUCUUUUUGGUGGGAGAGUAGUUUGGGUUUUCACCCAGCUCUCUCUCAGCUGUGGUGGGGUUCUUUUUUUUUUAAUUUUUAUUUUUUAUCAGUUUUAAUCUUUUUUUCUGUUUUUUGU